AUGGUUCUGGUCCUGCUGGUGGCCAUUCCCCUAUUGGUCCACACCACCAAGGGGGGAGGGUCCGGAGGUGGGGGCACGCAUUACGGGAUGCUUGGGAGCUGCAAGAUGGUCUGUGACACUUUCACCCCCCCUCAGGGAGAGUUGACAGCCGUCUCCCCUCAACCCCCGGACUUCCCAAACCGCAAAGGCAAACAGGGGUUCAGAGGAAACCCUGGACUUCCUGGUCCUCCAGGUCCUAAAGGGCCCCCUGGAGAGCCUGGCAAGCCCGGCCCACCUGGUCCAGCAGGGCCUGGACAAGGUGGCUACGGCCAGUCCAUCUACAGUCCCAAAAUUGCCUUCUACGCAGGCCUCCGGAAACAACAUGAAGGGAGUGAUAUACUGAAGUUUGACGACGUGGUGACCAACGUAGGGAACUACUACGAGCCGAGUACCGGCAAGUUCACCUGCCCCCUGCCAGGCAUCUACUACUUCACGUACCAUGUCCUGAUGAGAGGAGGUGAUGGUACGAGCAUGUGGGCUGACCUGAAGAAGAACGGACAGGUGAGGGCCAGUGCAAUCGCUCAAGACGCGGAUCAGAACUACGACUACGCCUCCAACAGCGUCAUCCUCCACCUGGACGUGGGGGACGAAGUGUGCGUACAGCUGGACGGGGGGAAAGUUCACGGCGGGAACACCAACAAAUACAGCACCUUCUCUGGCUUCCUCAUCUACCCUGACUGACAGUAUAUACUCACAUUUAUAUACUCUCUCUCUCUCUCUGUAAUCAAAGCAAAAAAAAAACAAAAAAAGUUUCCUCUCCUUUCUGCAUCUAACACGCCAUGCUGCCAUGAUGUAAUUUGUCAUUUCAACACCGUUCGGUACACAAAACAUGUAACACCAUGAUCACAGUUAACCAAUAGAGUUUAAAGAGAAUAUAGUAUUGUAUAUAUUACCAGUUAACAUUUACUUCUGAUGCACAUACUUGUGUAAUCAUUAUUCUGUGCCAUGUACAGUAUGUAAGCAUGGCUAAAACACACAUGCACAUAUUUGCUUGUACACACAUACACACGAUGAAUUGUGAGCUCCUCCGAUCAGUUUUUACGCAGACACACAAGAUAACCAUUUCAGCCACUGGUCUGAAAUCGACAGAAAUGAUCUCUGAGCGUAAAUCGAAGUGUGUGUACCUGGCUGCAGCCUCACGCCUGCGAGAUGAAUUUCCAAAUGUCAUGAAUAUAUAUUGAUCGCGGCCGAUAAUACAGCCAACAACAUGACCGUAAUCCAGUGUGUUGUGUGUCUGUGUCCGAGCACAUAUGUGUGUUUGUGUCCGGGGGGGGGGUCAAAGCAUAACGUUGCUGUUAGUUUGACGCGCACAGUCUCCGAGUUCCCUGUUAAGGGAGCCGGGCUGUCGAGUCGUUGGUAACAGUCCCAUAACACACACAGUACAUCGAUACCGAGGUUGAGCUUUGAGAUUUUCCUUGAGCCAAGAGCUUAUGACAGAGCCUCAUCAUGUCCUGCUAAUGAGGUUUCCUCCACAGCCUCGCCCGUUCAGUCACGCUCACUCCUGGCAUCCAUCCAUAUAUUUGCUGUAUGACUUUUACUGAAAUAGUUUGAUAUUUUCCGAAAUAUUUGCUUUCUUGUCAAGAGGAAAAUGAAAAUACUGAGCACCACCCUCAUCCAUGUGUUCAUUAUAACACUACGGCUAGCAGCUGGUAACUUCAGGCGACGUAACCGCGAUGUCACCCACAGGUUUCUGAAGAAUAUGUGGCUCUUGCUGCCAACAUGUUGGUGGUCUUGUCUCUUCCACCUCCCGGCUAAUCGAAAAAUCUGCAAAAACUGUCUGGAUCACUGGCGGAUCUGAGUCAUCUACCCAUCAGUCAAAGCAUGCUGUUAAUUAUGCAUAACUUUAGGCCUUAUAAUAUAAUGUGAACAGGCGAGUUUAAGAAAAUUCAGACUCGGUACAGUUGUCAUGAACGGGGAAAUUAGCUAUAGAGACCAAAACUGUUUUUUGUA